UCAUCUUCUUCCUGCAUCUCUCGCUUGUUUUUUAUGUGAUUCUCCACCAUAUCACCACAAACCCUUUACAAAAAGAUUGAAAGCUUAAGCUCAAUAAACGCCAUGGCUUUCUCUUCUGUUCCAGUCUAUCUAGAUCCCCCCGAUUGGCAACAGUUUUUGCAGCCACAAACUCAUCAGCAAGCUGGAGUUAUCAAUAAUGAAAGGCAUGGUAAUUUUCAGCUUCCACCACCAUCCACGGCGGCCGGUGAUGGUGGCGCAGGCGGUAAAAAGUCUAAUUCGAUGGCGGAACGAGCCAGACUAGCUAGAAUCCCACAGCCCGAGUCGGCUCUCAAGUGCCCUCGUUGUGAGUCGACGAACACGAAAUUUUGUUACUUCAACAAUUACAGCCUUUCUCAGCCUCGCCACUUUUGUAAGACCUGUAGACGAUACUGGACUCGUGGUGGCGGUUUAAGGAACGUACCGGUCGGAGGUGGUUGUCGGAGAAAUAAAAGAAGCAAGGGGAGCAAUAGAUCAAAGUCUCCUUCCGUCGUUUCCGGACGUCGAACCGAUUCGACCUCGUCUUCCGGUACACUUGCUUCUAAUAGUUGCACUGAUAUUUUAGGCCACACGAACCUAUCAGUACCACAUUUGCCACUAUUUCCCCCCUUACAUUAUCUCGGCGACUACGACUCUGGAGAUAUCGGGCUGAAUUUCGGGGGAAUUCAACCUCAGGUGGCGGUGACAGGCGGAGCCACUGACAUGGAUUUUCAAGGCUCAACAAAUGGUUUAGUGGAACAGUGGAGAUCACUGCAACAGGUUCAGCAAUUUCCAUUUUUGACUAGCUUGGAACAGCACCAAAAUGGGUUAUAUCCAUUUGAAAGUGAAGGUGUCCGGCCAUCACCGAGUUACGACGGUCACCAUCCGCUCCGAUCUAAGCCAUCAGGGAGAGCUAUUACUCAGCUUGCUGCUGUUAAAAUGGAAGACUUUCAAGGAUUGAAUUUAUCAAGGAAUUUCUUGGGAAUUUCAGGCAAUGAUCAUCAAUAUUGGGGUGGCAAUGCUAGCAACUCAUGGACUGAUCUUUCUGGUUUCAACAAAGAGGAUUCAACAUUCAAGUGAUAGAUAAGUUUUUGCAAAUUUCAAGUUUCCAAUGGAGUAAAACAAGAGUUCAAUUAGGAAAUUUAAUGGUAAAUUUCUACUCCUGAAGAAAUCUAUUAGCUUGCUGUUCAUUUCAAUCUUGUUGUGUUUCUAUAUGCUAUUGUAAUGAUUCAAGGAAUUGGGCAGGUUUUAAUUGAUUGUAUGAAAUAUAUUCAUGGAGACGGU